AUGGCGGCGGCGGCGGGGAAUCGCACCUCGUCGUCGGGAUUAUCCUCGGGCAGCAGCGCGGACGCCGCCGCCGCCGCCCCCGGGAGUCUGCAGAGCUGCGCGGGGAGCGUGCCCGGGAGCGGCGGGGGGCUGCUGCGGGCGGCGGGCGGCGGCUGCCGGGAGCAGCGCUCCGACUGGAGACGGAAGCAGCUGCGCAAAGUGCGGAGCGUGGAGCUGGACCGGCUGCCGGAGGCGCCGCUCUUCCUGGCCGGCUCGCCGGAGUCCCCCGACCUCUCGCCGCCCCGCUGCCUCGCCGGCGGCUCCAGCCCCGCGUCCUCCCCCGGCCGCUGCGUCGCGCCCCACGAGCCGCUGCCGGACGGGAGCCCCGCAGGAGCCGAGCCCGAGCGGAGGAUGGAGCCGUCUCCCCCUGCCGGUCGUGACAUGGAGAAUAAAGAAACCCUCAGGGGGUUGCAGAAAAUGGAUGACCGCCCAGAAGAGCGCAUGAUCAGGGAGAAACUCAAGGCAACAUGUAUGCCAGCCUGGAAGCAUGAAUGGCUGGAAAGGAGAAGCAGGAGAGGCCCUGUGGUGGUAAAACCAAUCCCAGUGAAAGGUGAUGGCUCUGAAAGCAACAAACUAUCAAUAGAAUCUCAAAUUGAAGGGCAAAGCAGUGCUUCUUCAACUCAGAAAGGAAGACGUAGCCCUUCUCCUAGUAGCUCCUCAUCCUCAUCCUCUAGAACUGUUAAAUCAGAAUCACCAGGUGUUAGAAGAAAAAGGGUAUCUCCAGUGCCUUUUCAAAGUGGGAGAAUAACACCACCUCGGAGAGCUCCAUCUCCAGAUGGCUUCUCACCAUACAGCCCUGAGGAAACGAAUCGUCGUGUCAACAAAGUUAUGCGAGCCAGACUGUACCUGUUGCAGCAGAUUGGACCUAAUUCUUUCUUAAUUGGAGGAGACAGUCCUGAUAACAAGUAUAGGGUGUUCAUUGGGCCUCAGACAUGCAGUUGUGGGCGUGGAACAUUUUGUAUUCAUUUGCUGUUUGUCAUGCUUCGAGUGUUCCAGUUAGAACCCUCAGACCCAAUGCUUUGGAGAAAGACCUUGAAGAAUUUUGAGGUUGAGAGUUUGUUCCAGAAAUAUCACAGUAGGCGUAGCUCAAGGAUCAAAGCUCCAUCUCGUAACACCAUCCAGAAGUUUGUCUCACGCAUGUCAAAUUCUCAUACAUUGUCAUCAUCUAGUACUUCUACAUCUAGUUCAGAAAACAGUAUGAAGGAUGAAGAAGAACAGAUGUGCCCCAUUUGUUUGUUAGGCAUGCUGGAUGAAGAGAGCCUGACUGUUUGUGAAGAUGGCUGCAGGAAUAAGUUACAUCAUCACUGCAUGUCAAUUUGGGCAGAAGAAUGUAGAAGAAACAGAGAGCCACUUAUAUGCCCUCUUUGUAGAUCUAAGUGGAGAUCUCAUGAUUUCUAUAGUCAUGAAUUGCCAAGCCCUGUGGAUUCUCCUUCAGUUCUCCGAGUGGUUCAACAGCAAAAUCAGCAGCAGCCUACAGGUGGAUCGCAAAGGAGAACACAAGAUAGUAAUUUUAACCUUACUCAUUAUGGGGUUCAGCAGAUCCCUUCCACCUAUAAAGAUUUAGCUGAGCCAUGGAUUCAGGUAUUUGGAAUGGAGUUAGUUGGCUGCUUGUUUUCUCGAAACUGGAAUAUACGGGAGAUGGCACUUAGACGUCUUUCCCAUGAUGUUAGUGGUGCUCUAUUACUGGCUAAUGGUGAAAGCACUGGAAAUUCUGGGAGCAGCAAUGGAAACAACACAAGUGCUGGAGCUCUGGGAGCAGCUAGUGGAUCAUCUCAGACCGGUAUCUCAGGAGAUGUUGUAGUGGAAUCAUGCUGCAGUGUGCUGUCCAUGGUCUGUGCUGACCCUGUCUACAAAGUGUAUGUUGCUGCUUUAAAAACAUUAAGAGCCAUGCUGGUUUAUACUCCUUGUCAUAGUUUGGCAGAAAGGACAAAACUACAGCGACUUCUCAAGCCAGUUGUAGAGACUAUAUUAGUUAAAUGUGCAGAUGCCAACAGCCGCACAAGUCAGCUUUCAGUUUCAACGCUGUUGGAGAUGUGUAAAGGCCAAGCAGGAGAGCUGGCAGUUGGUAGAGAAAUACUUAAAUCUGGGUCCAUUGGUAUUGGUGGUGUUGAUUAUAUCUUAAAUUGUAUUCUUGGAACCCAGACUGAAUCGAACAACUGGCAAGCCCUACUUGGACGUCUUUGUCUUAUAGACAGACUUUUAUUGGAAUUCCCUGGUGAAUUUUAUCCUCACAUUGUCAGUGGGGAUGUUUUACAGGCUGACACUGUAGUAGACAGGUAUAAGAAGCUGCUGUCCCUGUUGAAUUUUGCCUUGCAGUCAAUUGAUAAUUCCCACUCAAUGGUGGGUAAAUUGUCUCGGAGGGUAUUUUUGAGUGCUGCAAGAAUGGUUGCAAGAGUACCCCAUGUGUUCGUAAAACUAUUAGAAAUGUUGAGUGUGACCAGCUCAACUCAUUACACAAGGAUGCGUCGACGAUUGUUGGCAAUAGCAGAUGAAAUGGAGAUUGCAGAAGCCAUCCAGCUAGGCAUGGAAGAGGUGCAUUCUGUGGAAUGCAGAUGUGAUGACUUUCUGCAGCCAUCUGCCCCAGAUAAUUCUCCAGAAACAACACAAAGUAAUACUCCUAACAAUACUGUCCAGUUAUCCGGGAAAAGUGGAAGAGGAUUGGGUGAUAAAAAAUUGAGUGCCAGUCCAGAGGACAUUUCUGAGACACUGGCUGGCAUUUCUUUAGGACUUCCUGUUUCAUCAGUAACCACUGAGCAACCAAAGCCAGCCAUUCAAACAAAAGGCAGACCCCACAGUCAGUGUUUGAACUUUUCUCCCUCAUCCAGUCAUUCCCAGUCAUUAUUCCCAAUAUUGCCCUCUCCCUCAACCCCAUGUGUACCAGGUGGCCCUGUAAUAGAUAUGUCUAAAGUCAGACCUCAGGGAUUCAUUCCCUGCAAAAUACUCUCAACUUCUCCUCAAACACAACGGAAACUUUCUCUACACAUUGAAAGAAACUGUUCUGAAAAUAAAGAACCAGAGAAACUUUCCCCAGUUUUUACCCAGGCCAGAGCUAUGCCAUCCAGUCAUAUACACAGGCCAAAGCCAUCUCGACCUACUCCAGGUGAUGUGAGCAGGCAAGGAGAAGCCUCAAAAACCAAUAUGACACUUGAUCUGAAUGAUAUUUUACAGUGUGACAGCAGUAGCAGUUGUAGUAAUGCAGUUAUACCUAGCGAAGAGACUGUGUUCACACCAGUAGAGGAGAAGAGUAGUCAACUGGAUGUCAAUGCAGAGCUCAAUUCCAGUAUUGAGGACUUACUUGAGGCCUCUAUGCCUACAAGCGAUGGCACGGUUACAUUCAAGUCGGAAGUUGCAGUUCUUUCUCCUGAACGGGUGGAAAACGAUGACACUUACAAAGAUGAUGUAAAUCAUAAUCAAAAAUGCAAGGAAAAGAUGGAAGCCGAAGAAGAGGAGGCUUUAGCUAUUGUCAUGGCAAUGUCAGCAUCUCAAGAUGCCCUACCAAUAGUUCCCCAACUACAGGUUGAAAAUGGGGAAGAUAUCAUAAUUAUUCAGCAGGAUACACCGGAAACACUGCCUGGACACACCAAAGCAAAACACCAUUACAGAGAAGAUGCGGAAUGGCUCAAAGGUCAGCAAAUAGGCCUUGGAGCAUUUUCAUCCUGUUAUCAAGCUCAAGAUGUAGGAACUGGGACAUUAAUGGCGGUGAAACAGGUGACAUAUGUCAGGAACACAUCAUCUGAGCAGGAAGAGGUAGUCGAAGCACUGAGAGAAGAGAUAAGGAUGAUGAGUCAUCUGAACCAUCCUAAUAUCAUUCGAAUGUUGGGUGCUACAUGUGAGAAGAGCAACUAUAAUCUCUUUAUAGAAUGGAUGGCAGGGGGAUCAGUUGCUCAUUUGUUAAGUAAAUAUGGAGCCUUCAAAGAAUCAGUUGUUGUUAACUACACAGAACAACUGCUGCGUGGCCUUUCUUACCUCCAUGAGAAUCAGAUUAUCCACAGAGAUGUCAAAGGUGCCAAUUUGCUAAUUGACAGCACAGGUCAUAGAUUAAGAAUUGCUGAUUUUGGAGCUGCAGCCAGGUUGGCAUCAAAGGGAACUGGUGCUGGAGAGUUUCAGGGACAGUUGUUGGGAACUAUUGCAUUUAUGGCACCAGAGGUACUGCGGGGCCAGCAAUAUGGUAGGAGCUGUGAUGUAUGGAGUGUUGGCUGUGCUAUUAUAGAAAUGGCUUGUGCUAAACCACCUUGGAAUGCUGAGAAGCACUCUAAUCACCUUGCUUUGAUAUUUAAGAUUGCUAGCGCAACUACUGCUCCAUCAAUCCCCUCACAUCUGUCUCCUGGUUUAAGAGACGUGACGCUUCGGUGUUUAGAACUUCAACCUCAGGACAGACCCCCAUCACGGGAACUGCUGAAACACCCAGUCUUCCGUACUACAUGGUAGCUAAUUAUGUAAAAAUUAUGAUUUACUGAAGAUGCUACUGCCCAUCUUGCAGUGCGAUUUAGCACCGCAGUAUGUAUUAUUCUACUGGCCUUAAUUAUUCAUCAAGGAUUUAAGGCCAGUGGAGGAUCUUUACCUAAAUAUGUGAUUGACAAAUCGAGAUCUUUACCUAAGCUCAGUAUGCAACCUUUCACAACUUGUGAAGAAAUAUGUGAACUGUGCCUUUUCAAAGAUCUGGCUCAAGGUGAACAAGAAAACAUUUUUCUUUAAAUCUGCAUGAUUGUUUAGCAGAUAAGUGAUUUUAUUUUUUUUUUUGGAGCACUUUUUCAGCAAUAUUAGCAGCUGAGGGGCUCAGGAUCUAUUUUAAUAUUGCAAUCACUGUUCCAUUUCACAUUGUGGUCAUAAGCAGAGGGUUCUGCAAUUACAUUCAGUUUUUCAUCACUGGCUAAAAAGGAAAUUCUGUAUAUAUUCCUUUUAUUUCACAAAGUAUGUUCUCUUAGUGGAGUAAUACAUACAAACAUGGAUGAAUACUUUUAAAACCAUAUUCUGCCUUCAAAAAAUGUGACAAGGCAGCUGUGAUUGACUGUGCAUUUACUGCUGGCCCUGUAAUUUCCUUUUUGAAGUUAUGGUUCUAUACUUUCAUUUUACAUUCAGGGAAAGGUGAUCUUUAAAACAAACAAUCUUCAGAACUAGGUGCAAACUAGAUGUCACUGAGUAUCUUGCUGAUUGAAGAAUACAGAUUUAUUUGAAAUCUGGAAUAAAAAACUGAUAGUUUCAGGCUCUCGUAGUGCAGGUAUUUUUUUUUAAAAAGGAAGAUUUGUGUGCAUAAAAACAACUUGUAUCCCCAGAUCAUGUUUAAUGUUAGUUUUUGAGCCUAUUUUCAUGUAACAAUUUCUUUUGGUAAACUGUAUAGACACGUUUCAUGUCAAGAGCCCUGCCUGUAGCUCCCAUUAAAGUCCAUGGGAGUUUUUGCCUGUGACUUAAGUGGGAGCAGGACCAGGCUCUGGAUUCAAGUCUCUUACUGUGUAACAAAACUGUAUUCAUGUUCACCACUGAUACUAAGUUUUACCUGCUGUUUUCCUUCUGCUAUACAUCAUCUAUUUACAGUAGCAACUGAUCAUGUAAUUUGAAAAUCUGGUAAAAAUAUGACCUUACCCUAAAAAUAGUCUUGAUUUUAACAAGAAAUGAACUUGGACUUGAAAAGCAAGUUAAGACAAAAUUUGAUGUAAAGCUUCACCUGUAGUACAAAACUUGAGUUUUUUAAAUGGGUGUUUUCUUUUUUUUAAAAAACGUCUUUUAAUGGUUUUAAAGGCAGGUUUUUAGAUUCUGAUGCAUGUAAUUCUGAAGGAAAAUGGCAGCUGUUCUUUUGCUUUUUAAUUGGGGGGUGUCUUUUUAAAUCAAGUACUGAUUGUGUUUAAUCCAUUUUUUAUUUUUAAAUAACUGUUCAAGUUUUAACUCUUCAGAAGCCAGUUGAAUUGCUGGACUGAAAUCGAAUUGGUUAUUUUCAAAGACUCAGGACAAACUAAAUAAGCUAUAGUAGUACAUUAAAAAUGUACACAGAACAUAAAUUGGAAGUAAAACAAGUUUAAGAUAAGUUUACAGGAAUGAUAGUGCUCAUGCUAAUAACGGUUUCAUUAGACAUGAAUGUGUAUUUCUUUUUGAAAUUUUACAUUCCCUUGUUUUGGAAAAUUGGCAAACUUUGAAGAGUUAAAAAAAAAAAAAAUACCGAAAUGUGAAGUUUGGUAGCUCUAACUGUAUUGUACUUGACUUUUUCUUUCAUUUUUUUUUAACCGCUUAGAAUUCUUCAUUAUUCUAAUAAGAUUGUUUCCAAGUCUUUCUUAUGUGCAAGCUUUAAAGGGUGCACUCUUGCCAAGUCAUGUACUGGAAGAUCAGUUGUCAGAUUAGUACUUUUUCUGGCAGAAAUGUAUACUGUAUACACUGAUGAACCUCAGCUAAUCAGUAUUACUUUGUAGAUCACCAUGCCUACCACAUUUCAAACUCAGACUGCCUCUAGAUGUCCAAAUGCAUAUUGUUUGAGUUUGUUUGCAUUUCCCUCGGCUUGCUGGUAAUUGUGGUGUUUUUAAAAUGCAGAUGUGAUGUAAUAUUCUUAUUUUCUUUGGAUCAAAGCUGGACUGAAAAUUGUAUUGUGUAAUUAUUUUUGUGUUCUUAAUGUUAUUUGGUACUUAAGUUGUAAAUAACGUCUACUGCUGUUUAUUCCAAUUUCUACUACCUCAGGUGUCCUAUAGAUUUUCUUCUACCAAAGUUCACUUUCACAAUGAAAUUAUAUUUGCUAUGUGACUGAUUCCUAAGACUUCCAGGGCUUAAGGGCUAACUUCUAUUAGCACCUUAUUGUGCAAGCAAAUUUUACAGAAAUCUCUGGGUUAAGAAAAUUUGGCUUCGUUGUAUCCUUUGUUAUUUUAAAUAUAUCAAGAUAUUUUAAUUAAAAGUUUUUACCCUGUUGAACCAAUUUUAUAGUAUAAUUUGUACCUAUUUUGGUGUUUUUGUCUUUAUAGUAAAUAAAAGAUUUUGAACAAAUGUUGUUACUCUUUAUCAUAAUGCAGCUGUUUUGAAUCAAACACUUCUGGCACAUUUUCAUUGUUUAUACACAGAUGUGUAGAGCACCUGCUGCUGCUGUGAGGCAAAGAGAGACUUCAGACUUCUUAGAAAGGGUCUUAUACUUUUCUCAGCUAUUUGACAAAGAAUUGAACACUCCAGCUAAUCAGCAUCACUUAUCUUUUUCACUUAUCUGACCUUUCCAUGACUCUAACUUUUUAUAUUUUCAAAAAUAUCCAAACAUAGGAAGUUUUUCAAUCUCAUUCAGUGACUAUGCCUGUCAUUUUAAAAAAAAAUUGAAAUACUGCUGUGUUCAUCAUGACCCCUCAUCCAAAAAAGCACUUGCCAUGUGUUUCAGUCUGUCUCUGUUCAACAGAGUUACUUAUGGUGAUGUUGUAUGUAUAGGUUUAAGUGCUUUGAUGAAUCAAAGCCUAUAUUAUGGGUCUUAUACUGGGAAAUAUUUAGGUUCUUCCAUUACUUCUUUCCCUUUUCCUUUGUUUUUUGUUUUUUAAAUAAAAUCACUCUCCUAAAUUUGAGCUAUUAUUUUACAUAUUGAUACAUUUAAGGUGUUAUACUGGUA